AUGAGGUCAGCUACCUCUAUUCUCGCCAUUGCAAUGGGUGCUGCUUGUCUCCGGGCAGCACAUGCAGCAGAUGUCUUUGCGCACUUUAUGGUACAGAACUCGUACUCUUAUGAACAGUCGGACUGGGAGAACGAUAUAACAACAGCCGCUGGAAUUGGCAUAGACGGCUUUGCGUAUGACUACGAGGUCGGCCAGCUUGUAACCGCUUUCAGUGUCGCGGAACAGCUCGGCUUCAAAUUGUUUUUCUCGUUCGAUAUGUCUUAUUCGUGGUCGAGCGAUGACAUGGUUGCACUCGUCCAGAAUUACUCGACGAGCUCGGCUUCAUACAAGUGGAAUGGCGAUAUUCUCGUGUCUACAUACUCUGGAGAAACCUAUGGCGAAUCGUUCUGGGCGGAUUUCAAGUCGACCCUGGCGGGCGAAGGCAUCACGAUCAGCCUCGCUCCCGCGUUCACAAGCUACCGGGAUCCAGACGAUGCGGACAGCCUCAUGAGCAACUUUACCUCCAUCAACGGGUUCUUCAACUGGUGGUCAUGGCCUGCCGAUGUGGACGCCAAUCUCACCACAGCAACCGAUCUUGCCUACCAAGCGAUCGUUAAAAGCGACCGCACGGGACCUUACAUUAUGGCCGUGUCGCCUUGGCAGUUCAAGAACCUGAACACGACGGACAACGAUUGGGUCGAGUAUAGCGAUACGCUGUGGCACUACCUGCAAGCCAUCCAGGACGUGCAACCGGACAUUGUUGAGAUCGUGACCUGGAACGACUAUGCAGAAUCGCAUUACAUCGGUGAUAUUAACCCCAAGGUUAAUCUCGGCACAUACGCUCCGAACUACGUGCCUAAAUUCACCCAUGGCGCCUGGAGGAACGUCGCCCAAUUCUUCAUCAGCUGGUACAAGAAUGGCACCGAGCCCACCGACGACCAAGUGGUGUUCUGGUACCGCGUAUGGCCGAAGGAUACCGUAUGCUGCUGCAGCUUGGAGCCGCGCAACUAUGAGUUUCCCGAGGAUGCUAUUUUUGCGAUCGCACUCCUCAGCGAGCCUGCGACGAUUCAGAUGAACAUCGGCUCGAGCGCGUCAUCAUGGGAUGCGCCGGCGGGUCACAGCAUCGGCUCGGUACCGUUCCCCACCGAGGACGCACAAAUCCCGCGGUGUGGACGUGGACUCUGCGAACAUUAA